UCUCCCAGGCCCGCCUGGUCUCACGACAAAGAGCUCAAGUUCCGGGGAUCCGAGCCCACCGCCCCGGGGACCGGGCGGGUCCUCCCCUCGGUGGCCUCGCAGUCUCAGCCGAGGCGGUGAGGAGCAGGUCAACCCGGUCCCCGCGGGUGGAACGGAAAGUGGGCGGGGCUCCCGGAGGUGGUGUCCCCGGGGCGGGGCGCGCGGAGUUCGCAGUCCGGUGCGCACUCUGGCUGGAGCCCGUCGGAGCUUCACACUCGGUCCCGAGAUGACGGCGAGCAAGCGGGUGGCGAAGGAGCUGGAGGACCUUCAGAAGGGGCUCCCCAGGUACCUGCGGAACCUGUUCAGUGACGAUGCCGACGUGCUGGUGUGGCACGCUCUCCUCCUGCCUGAGAAACCGCCCUACAACCUCAAGGCCUUCAACCUGCGCAUCAGCUUCCCUGAGGAGUAUCCAUUCAAGCCUCCGACAGUGACAUUCACAACCAGGAUCUACCACCCCAAUGUGGACAGCAGCGGGCGGGUGUGCCUGCCCAUCAUCAGCAAGGAGAACUGGAAGCCUUUCAUCAAGACCUGCCAAGUUUUGGAGGCCCUCAACGUGCUGGUGAAUAAACCAGAGCUGGGGCAGCCCCUUCGCCUGGAGCUUGCUGACCAGCUGACACAGGACCCGGAGCUGUUCAACAGGAGGGCCGAAGAGUUCACCCUCCAGUUUGGAGUGGACCGGCCCUCCUAACUCUGCCUCUGACCCUUCUCUGCACUGGAUGCUUUCUGUGUGAUGGACGGACACCUGUCAUGGGCUAGGGGCCAGAGCCCCUUUGUGGUCCAUUUCCUGCUCAUUUCUUCCACGUUUUCCUCCUUAGAUUGUUAGUCAUUUGUGUGUGUGUGUGUGUGUGCGUGUGGUGGUGGUGGGGCCGCAGUUAUGUGUGUGGUACGUGGACCCACUGGCCUCAGGUGUGCUUUUCCCACUUCCUUUCUCUGCCCCAGGGCCAGGGGCACUUAGGUUUGCAGAGUUGCAGGCCAGCUCUCCAGCGCUCUGUGAUAUGGGAAUCGCAGGCUAGCUCGCAGGAAAUGAGCCCAGCAGCCAACCAGAAUCCCCUGAGGGCCUAGGCAUGGGGGUUGCGGGGAGGGCAGAGGGGCAGUGGGGAGUAUGGGAGGGAGGCAGGACACAGGGAGGAGGGACUCCUACUUACAGUUGAGUGUUUUGUUGAUUGAGUGAUUGGAAACAGCCAGACCGCUGAUAGACAUGUAUAGAUUUAGGUGCAAAACCUUUUCUCUUCCACGGAUGAAUCAUAAAGUGAAGAAACUAAUCUCCAUCCCAGAAAUCUGACUACAUGGGGUUUUUUUGUUGUUUUUUUUCUUUUAAUUUUUUUUUUUUGGCCACACAACCAGGGAUCGAACCCACACCCCCUGCCGUGGAAGCGCAGGGUCUUAACCACUUGACUGCUGGGGAGGUCCCCUGACUACACGGUGUUUAAACCACUUGCUAUCCCAUUAGGUGGCUGGUUCCUGGGGACCAGGCUUUAGGCGGGGAGGUGUUUCCCCUCCAGCUUUCAGUCCACGGGAGCCACGGAGGCCAUGGAUUUGCCCAGCUAUUAAAGUCACAGAUGGA